CAUCCGGUGGGACUCGGCGGAGGAAGGACGCGGGUCGGCCGCAGGUGCUCGACGACGGUCAGUGACAGUUGCGAUCGGCGCGUUCGAGGUGUACGUAAAGAGGGACCGAAGGAGAAUCAGGAGGAGGAGAGAGAGAGAGAGAGAGAGAGAGAGACGGAAGGCAACUCGACUCUGGGCGGACGAGAAAGACGAGAAAGACGCGGAGACUUCCUCCCUUACCCCCUCCCCCUCACUCUCGUCUCUCUUCCCGAGGAAGGCGAGAAGCUCCGGGCUAACCGGCUCGCUCGCUCGCGAGGAGGGCGAGUCCGUCCUUCGUCGUCGCGGCAGUGGCAGUGGUAGUGGUGGUGGUGGUGCUGGUGGUGGUGGGACUCGCGCGCUCGUCGUCGGUUGCGCAUCGUGGCGACAACUAGUAGCGGCAGCCGCCGUCGUCGUCGUCGUCGUCGUCGUCGUUGGACUCGGUCAGACUCUGCCCCGAGUCGAUCGUCCCGAGUACGCGAGUAGAGUCAUCGGCGAGUACAGAGCACGUGGGAUAGAGAAAGAGAUAGAGACCGAGGAGCCAGGCAUCAUCAUCAUCCAUCAGCAGCAGCAGCAGCAGCUUUGCCGCUCGCUAAACAAAGAUGGCGGACGUGGACUCUCGGGUAGACCGGUCCGAUCCGGAGCUGCGCUUCCUGUCGGUGGACAGGAACAACUUCAACGACCCGGCCACCCAGGCGGAAUGGACGCAGAAGAAGCUGGUGUGGGUGCCGCACGAGACCCAGGGCUUCGUCGCCGCCGGGAUCAAGGGCGAGCGCGGCGACGAGGUCGAGGUGGAGAUCGCCGAGACCGGCAAGCGCGUGCUCGUCGCCAAGGACGACAUACAGAAGAUGAACCCGCCCAAGUUCGACAAGGUCGAGGACAUGGCGGAGCUUACCUGCCUCAACGAGGCCUCCGUCCUGCAUAACCUCAAGGACCGAUACUACUCCGGCCUGAUCUACACAUACUCUGGCCUCUUCUGCGUCGUGGUAAACCCCUACAAGAGACUGCCGAUAUACACAGAAAAGAUCAUGGAAAGGUACAAAGGCAUCAAGAGACACGAGGUGCCGCCGCACGUCUUUGCCAUUACUGAUACGGCUUAUCGUUCCAUGUUGCAAGAUCGGGAGGACCAGUCGAUUUUGUGUACCGGCGAGUCUGGCGCCGGGAAGACCGAAAACACGAAAAAAGUGAUUCAAUAUUUGGCUUAUGUAGCCGCGUCGAAACCCAAGUCUAACGCGACUCCGAGCCCGGCAUUAAUCAUAGGAUCUGGGAGUGUCACGGAAAAGUUUGCGGGCGAGCUGGAGCAACAGCUUCUUCAGGCAAAUCCAAUUUUAGAGGCGUUCGGCAAUGCAAAGACCGUGAAGAACGAUAACUCGUCUCGUUUCGGUAAAUUUAUUAGAAUAAACUUUGACGCCUCCGGUUAUAUAGCCGGUGCAAACAUCGAGACAUAUCUUUUGGAAAAAUCGAGGGCCAUUCGACAAGCGAAAGACGAAAGAACUUUCCACAUAUUUUAUCAACUGUUGGCGGGUGCCUCGCCGGAACAGAAAAAGGAAUUUAUAUUGGAGGAUCCGAAGCACUACCCCUUCCUGUCGAAUGGAGCCCUCCCGGUGCCAGGGGUCGACGAUUCCGCCGAGUUCUUCUCCACAGUAAAGUCGAUGCACAUCAUGGGCAUGACCAACGAGGACUUCUCCUCCAUCUUCCGUAUCGUUUCCGCCGUGAUGUUGUUUGGCUCGAUGCAGUUUCGUCAGGAACGGAAUUCCGAUCAGGCGACGUUGCCCGACAACACGGUGGCACAGAAAAUCUCGCAUUUGUUGGGCUUGAGCGUUACCGAGAUGACGAAGGCCUUCCUGAAGCCGCGCAUCAAGGUUGGCCGUGAUUUUGUGACGAAGGCGCAGACAAAGGAGCAGGUGGAAUUUGCUGUAGAAGCGAUCUCGAAGGCCUGCUACGAGAGGAUGUUCCGUUGGCUGGUGAACAGGAUCAACAGAUCUCUGGAUAGGACGAAGCGACAGGGUGCCAGUUUUAUUGGGAUACUGGAUAUGGCCGGCUUCGAGAUAUUCGAGUUGAACUCCUUCGAGCAGUUGUGCAUCAAUUACACGAAUGAGAAGCUGCAACAGUUGUUCAAUCACACAAUGUUCAUUCUGGAGCAGGAGGAGUAUCAGCGCGAGGGGAUCGAGUGGAAGUUUAUAGAUUUCGGAUUGGAUCUGCAGCCAACGAUCGAUCUGAUCGAUAAACCGAUGGGUAUCAUGGCGCUUUUGGACGAGGAAUGCUGGUUCCCGAAAGCCACGGACAAGACAUUUGUGGAAAAGCUGGUUGGCGCUCAUAGUGUCCAUCCAAAGUUCAUGAAGACUGAUUUCCGCGGCGUGGCCGACUUCGCGAUCAUUCAUUACGCCGGCAAGGUGGACUAUUCCGCCGCCAAGUGGCUGAUGAAAAACAUGGACCCGUUGAACGAGAACGUUGUCAGUCUUUUACAAGCCUCGCAGGAUCCGUUUGUGUGUCACAUUUGGAAGGACGCCGAGAUCGUGGGUAUGGCACAGCAGGCACUCACGGACACGCAGUUUGGCGCGAGAACGAGAAAGGGCAUGUUUAGAACAGUCUCGCAAUUGUAUAAAGAACAGUUGGCCAAGCUGAUGGUGACACUGCGAAAUACGAAUCCGAACUUUGUUAGGUGUAUAAUUCCGAAUCACGAGAAGAGAGCCGGUAAAAUUGAUGCGCCGCUCGUGCUAGAUCAACUACGGUGCAAUGGAGUGUUGGAGGGUAUCCGCAUCUGCCGGCAAGGUUUUCCCAACAGAAUUCCGUUCCAAGAAUUUAGACAACGCUACGAACUACUCACUCCGAAUGCUAUUCCCAAAGGAUUCAUGGAUGGGAAGAAAGCUUGCGAAAAGAUGAUUCAAGCAUUGGAGUUGGAUCCAAACCUUUAUCGUGUUGGACAAUCGAAAAUCUUUUUCCGCGCCGGAGUGUUGGCACACUUGGAGGAAGAAAGAGACUACAAGAUCACGGAUAUAAUCGUCAAUUUCCAAGCUUUCUGUCGCGGUUUCUUGGCUCGGCGUAAUUAUCAGAAACGUCUGCAGCAGCUUAACGCAAUUCGCAUUAUUCAGAGAAACUGCGCGGCCUACUUAAAACUACGCAAUUGGCAAUGGUGGCGGCUGUAUACCAAGGUGAAGCCGCUAUUGGAGGUCACUAAGCAAGAGGAGAAGCUUACGCAAAAGGAGGAUGAGCUGAAGCAAGUUCGCGAUAAGCUGGAGUUACAGCUGCACUCGGCUCAAGAGUAUGAACGUAAAUAUCAGCAGGCGAUUGAAGAGAAAACUAUGCUGGCUGAGCAACUGCAGGCGGAAGUCGAGCUCUGUGCGGAAGCUGAAGAAAUGAGGGCUCGACUGGCCGCAAGGAAGCAGGAACUUGAGGAAAUUUUGCACGAUUUGGAAGCGCGUAUCGAGGAGGAAGAGGAGAGAAGCGCCGCGUUGACUCAGGAGAAGAAAAAGCUGCAGUUGAAUAUCAGCGACUUGGAGGAGCAGCUGGAGGAAGAGGAGGCUGCCAGACAAAAAUUGCAAUUGGAGAAGGUCCAAUGCGAUGCGAAGAUUAAGAAAUUGGAGGAAGAUCUCGCCCUGUCGGAUGACACCAAUCAGAAGUUGUUAAAGGAGAAGAAAAUUCUCGAGGAGCGCGCCAAUGAUCUCUCGCAGACUCUGGCAGAAGAGGAGGAGAAAGCGAAGCAUCUGUCCAAACUGAAAGCCAAACACGAGGCGACAAUCGCCGAUCUCGAGGAGAGGCUUCUCAAGGAUCAUCAGCAACGUCAAGAGGUGGAUAGAUCCAAGAGGAAGGUCGAAACUGAGGUCUCCGAUCUGAAGGAGCAACUGGCCGAGAGGAAAUCGCAUGUGGAGGAACUACAGCUUCAACUUGGCAAACGCGAGGAGGAGCUCAAUCAAGUCAUGGCGAAGAUGGACGAGGAAGGCGCUUCCAAGGCGCAAGCUCAGAAGGCUCUCAGGGAAUUGGAAUCACAGUUAGCCGAGCUUCAGGAAGAUUUGGAAGCCGAGAAAGCCGCUAGGGGCAAGGCCGAGAAGCAGAAGCGCGAUUUGAACGAAGAACUCGAAGCGUUGAAGAAUGAAUUGCUCGAUUCUCUGGAUACUACUGCGGCUCAACAGGAGUUGAGAAGCAAACGGGAGCAAGAACUUGCGACGUUGAAGAAGAAUCUGGAGGAGGAGACUUCGUCGCACGAAGGUACGCUUGCCGACAUGCGUCACAAGCAUACGCAAGAGUUGACCGUUCUGAACGAACAGAUGGACGCGCUGAAGAAGACCAAGGCAGCCUUGGAGAAAGCGAAAGGCUCCUUGGAAGCGGAGAACGCUGAUCUGGCGACGGAAUUAAGAUCGGUCAGCGCGAGCAGACAAGAGUCCGAUCGACGUCGCAAACAAGCGGAGCAACAACUGGCGGAAAUCAAUGCAAAGCUGGCCGAGGUGGAGAGAAACAAGCAAGAAUUUUCCGAGAAGGUGACCAAGUUGCAACAAGAGGCGGAGAGCGUGAUGCAACAACUGGAGACCGCCGAACUGAAAGCAUCCGCGGCAUUAAAAGCCUCGACCACCUGCGAGUCGCAAUUUACCGAACUUCAACAACAAUUGGAGGAAGAAACCCGGCAGAAACUGGCUCUCAGCUCGAAGCUGCGCGCGUUGGAAGGCGAGAAGGAGAGCCUGCACGAUCAGCUUGAAGAGGAGGAGGAAGCAAAACGUGCCUUGGAUAAGCAGGUGCUGAGUUUGAAUAUACAACUCGCCGAGGCCAAGAAACGCGCCGACGAGGAAGCGGAGGCGGCCGCUGCCCUCGAGGAGGCCAGAAAGCGUUGCACGAAGGACAUCGAAGCUCUUCAGCGGCAGGUCGAGGAAUUGCAGGCGGCCAAUGACAAGCUGGACAAAUCGAAGAAGAAGAUUCAAGCGGAACUGGAGGACAGCAUCAUCGAGCUGGAGGCGCAGCGAGCGAAGGUACUCGAGCUGGAGAAGAAGCAAAAGAAUUUCGACAAGGUGCUCGCCGAAGAGAAGGCCGUGUCCGAACAAUACGCGGAGCAGAGGGACAUCGCGGAAAGGGAAGCUCGUGAAAAGGAGACGAGAGUGCUGUCGUUGACCCGGGAAUUGGAUGAACUUAACGAGAAGGUCGAGGAAUUGGAACGAGGCCGUCGAGGUCUGCAGUCGGAGUUGGACGAGUUGGUAAAUAAUCAGGGUACGGCUGACAAAAAUGUCCACGAAUUAGAGAAGGCGAAACGAUCGUUGGAGUCGCAGCUGCAAGAGCAAAAAUCGCAGGUGGAAGAGUUGGAGGACGAGCUGCAAUUCACCGAAGACGCGAAGCUGCGAUUGGAGGUGAACAUGCAGGCGUUGCGAGCGCAGUUCGAGCGCGAUCUCCAGACUAAGGAGGAGCAGGCGGAGGAGAAACGUCGAGGAUUGGUGAAGCAGCUGCGUGAUCUCGAGGCGGAGCUCGAGGACGAGAGGAAGCAACGUGCCGCGGCUAUUGCGGCGCGUAAGAAGAUGGAAGCGGAUUACAAGGACAUCGAGCAGCAGCUGGAGAUGCAUAAUAAGGUGAAGGAGGACGCGCUGAAGCAGCUGAAGAAGCUUCAGACUCAGAUCAAGGAUUGCACCAGAGAGACGGAAGAGGCCAGGGCCGCCAGGGACGAGUUGGCGGCCGCUUCUAAGGAAACCGAGAGGAAGGUUAAGAGCCUGGAAGCUGACUUGUUGCAAUUGACCGAGGACUUCGCCUGCAGCGAACGCGCCAGGAGAACCGCCGAGAACGAGAGGGACGAGUUGCAGGAGGAGGUCAACAACAAUGCCAACAAGGGUACUCUGAUGUUGGACGAGAAGCGUAGACUGGAGGCGAGGAUUGCCACACUGGAGGAGGAGUUGGAGGAGGAGCAGUCGAACGCCGAGAUUGUUAUGGAUCGCGCCAGGAAGGGCCAGAUUACGAUCGAACAGCUGACAACGGACUUGGCGACCGAGCGAUCCACCACGCAAAAGUUGGAAUCGCACAAGAUGCUGUUGGAGAGGCAAAACAAGGACCUCAAGGUGAAGCUGACCGAGCUGGAGACUGCGCAACGUGCCAAGACCAAGGCCACGAUACAGCAGCUGGAAUCGAAGAUCAACAAUCUCGAUGAACAACUCGAGACCGAGGCCAAGGAGAGAUUUGCCCAGCAAAAGAUCAAUCGCAAGUUGGAGAAGAAAUUGAAAGAAUUGAGUCUGCAGCUUGAGGAUGAGAGACGAAAUUCCGAUCAGUAUAAAGAGCAAGCGGAGAAGGUCAAUAUCAGAAUGAAGGCGUUGAAGAGACAAUUGGACGAGGCGGAAGAGGAGAUUAGCAGGCAUAAGACCCUGAAGCGGAAAAAUCAAAGGGAAAUGGACGACCUGAUAGAAAUGAACGAGGAGCUCAAUCGUGAAUUGACGCAGUACAAGAAUAAAUACAGGCCAUACGUAUCUGUAACGUUAGGCGAACGUAAUGAGGCAGUAUUAAAGUAGUGUUUUAUCUUUGAAGGAAGUGAUCAACUUCUGACAUGUGCGCGGCGGUGGUCCUCCGAUAAGCCUGAGCUCCACGAGGCUGAAACGCGGUUCCGUGCAGACCGGCGGCUCGGGCGACGACUCGACGACGCAGGACGAGAGCAUCGACGGCGAGGAGAAUGUUAAUUGAGUAUCGGUCCAGUGUGCUCUCGAACUUCUGUGAAUUAUGUAUAUACGUGCGUCGAGAAAGGGUGUUGGCUUUUUUUUGUUCGAUUCAAGGGCGUCACGCUUGCUGUCAAGCUGACGUCGUCGCGAUUACGAGGACUAAUUCCACGAGAUUAAAAUCAAAAGUCGUUUCUACCGUGGCGUUUCCGGCCUUAAGAUUAAUCACGACGGAAUAACGAUCUUCCCCUGCCUGGGGGGGAAUUUAAUUAACCGAUGAUUGCGGGGAAGGAGCCUAGGGGCGCGAAGCCGCGAAAAGUAACAAUAUUAAUCGAACCAAGGACUUUUGAUACAUUUUAUAUAGAACGAACGCAAACGUUGACCGCAUUUUACAUAUAUAUAAGAAAGAGACAGUGUAUAUGUGUUUGAGAGAAAGAGAGAAGAGAGGCAUACAAUAAAUUUGAAGGAAGGAAA